AGUCCCGGUCCGACCGACCGACCGACCUACCGACCGACCGCAUCCGCCCGUCCUGCCCGGCGCCCACUCGCUCCGCUUCGGCCUGGAUGCUGUAGGGAGCCCCUUCACUUUGUCUACCUGGAGCUUUGUGUCCGCGGAGCUCCGCGCUUCUCCCCGCCGGUUUGAGUGCGAGGCAGCGGGGCUGGGGGAUGGAGGCUCAGUCCGGGCUGUGAGCAGACUGGUUUUAGGGGGGUGGGGGGUCGGUGCGUGAAGCCCCGGGCCCUGCUUCGCUUUGUUGUCCUGGGCUUGGUUUAGCAGCCCCUGCAGCCGGUCCUCUCAUUGUGCAGGUUUCUCCCAGGUUUCAGCAUGAAGGAGUUUUUGGACGCAGGAGGACAACACACGGAGAACGUUAGGAUUUAAGGCUGCUGCUGUUCUUCUGUUUCCGCGCCGUGGUUUCCUAUUGAAGGGUUUUAUUUGAAGGACGUUUCCCCCCCCCCCCUCUCUCUCUCUCUUUUUCCCUUUUUUAAAUCGAUUUUCUUUUGGGUCCCUCUGUCUGUCCCUACACUUCUGUCUUCAUUUAUCUCUCCAUUCCUCUCUUCCUCCCCCUCUUAACCUCCAUUUAUCUCCCCUCAUCUUGGACCUCUCAGUCUCUCCCCUCCAUCCCUCUCUCUCUCUCUCCAUUUAUUGCUUCCUCCAUCAUGGCUCCGGUGUUCAAGUUCUCCUGGUCCUGCUGUCUGCUGGUCCUGCUGGUGGUCCCCGCCAUCCGGAGCUCGUUUCCCCGCAGCGGUUCGGACUGUGGUCCCGGGAAGGCCACUGACUGUCCAGAUCUGUCAGAGAAGAAGAGCGACCUGCGCGUGUGCGACGCCGGCACGUGUCGCUUCGGAGGAACCUGCCGCGAGAACGGAGCCGACAUCAAGUGUGUCUGCCUGUUCCACUGUCCUAAGAAGUACGUCCCCGUGUGCGGGUCCAACGGAGACACGUACCAGAACGAGUGCUUCCUGAGGAGAGCCGCCUGCAAGAAGCAGCGAGCGAUCAGCGUCCUGUCGGAGGGGCCCUGUUACCACGACGGUGGUUCAGGAUCAGCUGACGGAGAUGACGAAGGUUCUGGUCGCGGUAAAAAGGUCUCGAAAUGUGGAAACUGCAAGUUUGGAGCUGAGUGUGACGAAGACUCUGAGGAUGUGCUUUGCAUGUGUAACAUUGUGUGUAAUGGCCACAACGACAACCCGGUGUGCGGCAGCGACGGCGUCACCUACGACACGCCCUGCCACGUCCGAGAGGCUUCCUGUCUCAAGCAGCUGAAGAUCGACAUCAAACACGUUGGCCGUUGCCAAGAUAAGAGCAGGAAGGACGACAGCGUCAAGACCAAACCGGACGUCUAUGCUGUGUCCAAGUCUGGCGAGGGGGAGGAGUUUGAGGACAGCCCCGCCCCCUGUCCUGAAAACUAUGCCCAGUUCUGUGAACAUGGCCACUGUGAGAUGAGACACAACCUGCCCACCUGCAGGUGUGAGGCGGCGUACGGUGGUCCCCAGUGCGAUCAGCUGCUGGACUUCAACAUCCUGUACGUGGUGCCCAGCGGUCAGAAGCUACACUACGUCCUCAUCGCCGCCAUCAUCGGAGCCGUUCAGAUCGCCGUCAUCGUAGCUGUGGUCAUGUGCUUCACCAGGAGGUGCAACAAGACGAAGCGUGGGCGGAGGCAGAAGCAGCACCUCGGUCACUUCCCGUCGGGAACGUCCUCCAGGAUGAUGUAGCUGCUCCUCCUCCUCUUCUUUUUCUUUCUCUUCUCAUGUUUUUAUGAAAUACAAGAAGUCUAAAUAUUUGGUACCACACAGACGGACUGCAGUUUUGAUAUCUCGACUUUUUGGUGCCUCUUUUUUUUUAACCCCCUAUUUUUUAAAAUAAUUUUUCUUAAAGGGGCCUUAUUUUGCAGAUUUUCCGCCACGUUUGCUCUCUGGUUUCCUGUCUGGACGGGUUCGUCUCUCGGAGACGUCCGGUUGGGUUUGACACUGUGAAACACUGCGGAUCCUCCGGCAGGAGACUCAAACGUUGUUUAUCUGAUUGUAUGCUCGCUUUGGACCGUCCACACACAGAUUGUCUCUCUUUGUUUGGACCCUGUGGGACGCAGGUUGAGUUAAAGGGAUGUUUUUAACCUUCAGUCAGGAUCAGGUCUGAAAUAAAACCACUACUGAACACUUGAUGUUGAAUUUGAGACGCGCCGUCCACCUGAAUUAUUUCCAGUGUUUUCUUAGGAUUCACUAAAAUCUCAUGUCUGGUUAAACAAAAUGAAAUGUAGCUGCUGAAAUGGAAUUGGGAUUAAAAUUCAGGUUUUAAAGGAGCAGUUCAC